UUUUCCUCUCCAUCGUCCGUGAAACAAUCUUUACGUUUGCUAAAGAUGCUAAACACACCUGUUUCCGAUAUCAUCAAGCUUGUGUGCCUAAGAUAACAUGCAAGAUUGAGAUCGAUAAAAUGACAAAUCACCCUGUCAUUGUCGUCGUAAUAGCUACGUGUCACUCUUUCCUUGUAACAAGUUGGUGAAGCUUUGCUUUUAAUUUUCAAACAAGAUGUCUGCGAAUUACGAAAGGAAAAUAGUCAUUGUUGGGAAAACCGGAAAUGGCAAGAGUUCUCUAGGGAACGUUUUACUUGGAAGGCGUGCGUUUGAUGAAGCACGUAGCUUUAAUGCUAUCACUAAAGAAUGUAAAGUGGAGACAGAUAAGGGAAAUGUAUCGAUUGUUGACACUCCUGGUCUUUUCGAUAGCGAUGGAGAGAAAAAUUUUGUAAUGCAAGCUUUGGAGGUCCAAAAGGCAAUAAAACUUUGCCCAAAUCCCCAUGCCUUUCUUAUUGUGCUAAAUGGAUCCACCAGGUUAACGCAAGAAGAGUUGUCAACUAUUGAUGUCCUUCGCAUUAUUUUCGGUGAGCAGUGUUUGACAAGGGCUAUCAUAGUUUUAACGCAUAUUGAAAAUAAUGAAGACGAAACGCAGCUGAGAGGAAGGUUCGGCAAAAGUGACGGAAUGAGCAACUUGAUUAAGCAGUGCGGAAACAGGUUUGCUAGAAUAGACAAUAGAGAACCAAAACCUGAGCAUAAAGAACGUAUCAACAGUCUUGUGGAUCAGGUAUCUCGGGCAGGAAAAGUCAGCUUCAAGAAUGAAUUUCUGUAUGUACGUGAGCAGGUGCUUCAAAAAGCACUUAAAACCCAUGAUAGUGGAAAAGUACACGAGCAAAUUAAAAGGUUGUCUGAGCAAAUCAAGCACGCUGAGGAAGAGGAGUUUAAUAGAAAAUGCUGGAAGGCAGCAGGUGUGGGUGCGGCAGCAGGCGCGGGUGCGGUUUGUGUUGUUGCAGGGAUAGCUUAUCUUGGAGGAGGCUCUGAGGCAGUUGCAACAGUGGUUACAAAUCCUGAAACGGCUCAAGUGGUAAUUGAAAAAUCUGUAAAUGUUGCAACAGGGAUGAUAGGUUUUAUAAGUUCUGCUCAUUGACGAGUUUUCUUUUAACUGAUACUGACAGUGAGAACAUCAAAAUAGUUUUACCGCUUGAAACACUUUGUAUGUGAGAGGAAAAUUAUCUACAGUUAUCUACAUGUAAUCCUAUUCGGUAUUUUUCUGCAGAGCGAUCUUUUGUUGUUGUGUUGUUUUUGUAGUUGUUUGUUUUGCUUGGUACAUAUACACGGACAGGGGCUUUCAUGCACUUAAUGCAAACUUACUGCUAUUUAUUAGAGAUACGUUCGAGUCAGAAUACGACACAGUUCCAUUAACAUCUGUUCAAAAAUUCUAACAAAUGUACAGAACGAUUCACUUCUUACUUUUAAUCCGCCAAACCUAUAUUUAAACCAGUAGUACAUCAUGCUAAUUCUGCUUACCAGCUAUAGGCUUAUGUAUAUGUUGGCCUUAACCUAGCCCCUGACUGGGGUAGAAGGCGAUUGGAGGGGAAGGGCAAGAGUCUGGGGAGUGUUCCGGAACCGCGCUGAAUCCUGAUUGACUUAUUUUAUGUCUACAGCUGUAUGGGUUCCUGAAGUAACCAGCUACUUUAUUGUGUUUAAUAGUUUAAUUUUGGUUAAUAUUUCCCGGGGAGGAUCGACCCCUAAUGUUGAAAAAAUUUGGGCCAAACCCAUUUGCUUAUCUAUAUUUUGUAUGUAUAAAGCAAGCUAUAUUUAUGUUAAUGGAUCUGUUGUUCUUUGUAUGUAUA